AUGAGCGUUACCGAGAAAAUGGUUGCAUCGCUAGUGCAGCGAAGUCUCUCUAACGAUGUCAGUUCAGCCCUUACUAGCUGGGAUAGUUGUAUGGCUAAAGCUUAUUGCAAGUGGCCCGUCAUCGCCGGUAUCAUCGUCGGGUCUAUCAUUAUCCUGGGUAUAGCGGGUUGUCUGAUCAGCUGCCUGUGUUGUGGUUACCGAUGCUGCGAGGGAUGUUGCGGCUGCUGCUACAGAUGUUGCGAUUGCGGUGGCUCUCGACACAAUCGGCGCAGAGGUAACAAAUACGUGGAUGAACCCCCGCCGCAGCCAUACUAUCAACAACCUCCACCUCCAGAACCCAUGAAUUUCGGAUACAGACAACCUGUUGCGGCUGCAUCAUCGCUAGCAUCGACCGCGCCGCCGCCCGCAUAUCGCGGCCCUCAAACUGCUACAUUUGACCAACCGAGCAAACCAGUUGUUGUCAAUGAAGAUGAACUCCCACCAAUGCCUACUUGGGCUGAUGCCCAAACACGACGCGUGGAGGAUCCAGAUGCAGAGCAUGAAGAGGUGGAAAUGGAUAAUUUGGCCGGGAUCAGAGAUCAGUCCAAGAGCCCUUUUCAUCAUGAUGCUGUUGCGCCCGCCCCGGUGGCCGGAGGUUUGUCUCGAGGAAUGUCUCGAGGUGGAUAUACCCAAGUGCCUGCCAAUUAUCCUAGCCCGCAUCCAAGCCCUCGCCCAUUGUACGACGAGGGAUACUCUCCUAACGGAGGAGUUGGUGGAUACGGCGGCCACGGCGAGUAUCAAGAUGGGUAUCAUAACGAAGAACAAGGAAAUUACUAUGGUUCCCCGGCGGAUGCACAUUAUUUCAACCAAGAUCCCCAUUCGCUAGGUACUGGUUUUGGCCAACUGCCUGCAGGCUAUAGUCCUCGAGCAUUACCACAACCAUCUCCAGCGCCGUAUCGAGGUUUUGAUAACCAGCCUCCUCCUAGAGCCCCAGUGCCAAAUUUCAGCGCACCAGGAAAUGUUUAUGGCGGCCAGAUCCCAUCUCCAAGGUCACCACCACCGGCCAUGGGUGCUGGGUACUCGCCAUAUGACCAACAGUCACAACAAUAUCGUCAACUAACACAUAGCCCACCGCCACCAGCAAUGCAUCCAGCCAUGCAACCAUCAUCAAUGGGGAGCGGAUACUCCCCAUACGACCACGAUCAGCUACCGCAGCAGCAACCUUCGUCGGGAUAUUCGCCAUACGACCAUCAAACAGAACCGCAAUACGGAGUACCACAAACUCACAGCCCCCCACCACCCCAACCAACGUUACAACAACAACAACAAGGAGGUCAAUACCGCGCGUUUUCACCGCGAAUCGCCUCCCCUGGUCCUCCUUCCCCUCAUCAAGCAACAGCCCCGACUUCAUUACUAGAGGACCCAUCUGCGAACAACGAAGAUCGACCACCGAGUUUGCUCAUGGCUGGACGACGACCUGCCCCGAAUAGUUACCGAGCUGUAUAA